AUUUAAAAAGGCACACGUGGACGCGGUGGGGGCACGCUGUGCAUGCAGGUUAAAUUAGUAAGACAUCCAGCUGCACAUGCUCACCUGACACCCGAACUCCUCGGAGAGGUUUACGAAGAGAUCCAGGGCAGUGUCCAGCUGGAAUCAGUGUUACCAGAAUGUCCUCUUUCUAGCAGGAAAAAAUGGCUUGUGCGUCAUGUAUCGAUGCUGACGGGAUCCCCAGAACCAUUACACGGGCGAAGCGAUGGACAGAUGAAGUAGAGAAUCUGUACAGAUUCCAACAGGCUGGAUACAGGGAUGAACAGGAGUACAAGCAAGUCAAACGGGUCGAGCUGGUUGAUCGUUGGCCCGAGACCGGAUUCGUGAAAAAGCUGCAGCGUCGGGACAAUACGUUUUACUAUUAUAAUAGAAAGAGAGAAUGUGACGACAAGGAGGUCCACAAAGUGAAAGUUUAUGUUUACUGACCAUUGCGGCCUUUUAUAACCAUUUUAAUGCCUAACCCAAUGAUGAACUAUAGUGCACAAUUAAGAACUGGGUUGUUGUAGCACUGAGAGCACCAUAAUGUACGUGCUAUCCUAUUUAUUUAGAUAAUAGUGGUUCAAGUAUGCACAAAUAUUUAUACAGUACCAAUCAGAAGUGUGGACACACCUACAGAACAUAAUUUUUCCCCCCAAGAAACUAAUGACACCUUUCGGUUGGAAAAGCAGGUUGAUGUCUAGUUUUGCUGAUUUAUCACAUUUUACCUUCUGACAGGAAUCUUCUUUAUUGCUUGUACUCUAUGCCCCUUCUGUAAUUUAAACCUGGGCAUGUUUGAUAGUGAAGGUAAAUACUAUUAAAGCAGUUUGCAUAUGUUUGCAUAUGA